AAUGUUGCUUCAGCUCCUUGAUGGUCUCCCUGGAGCCUCCUGGCAGUUCACAGUCCUCCUGGCACGCCCUGCUCCCGUUCGCAACUUUGUCAAACGCCUACAAAGCUUAUCCACAACUACCUACGCUUUGCACAUUUGGGUUGAGAUAAGAAGCUGACCACCUUGGGAAAAAUACGACGUCAACAUACUACCAGUUACUUGCCUAACUUAUUUGGCUUACAGAACUGGUCUUAUUAGUUGCUUGUACAUAGGGCUCCCCCACUCACGGCGGUCCGUUGUGGGGGAGGGGCCUCUGCGCUGACGAGGAGCUCAGAGAACAGUUAAAGGGGGCUGCACGGCUGCAGCGCCUCCUAAUUUACCCUUGCGUGGGUCGUCUGCGGGCGGCUUGAUGCUGAGGUUCCUCCGAUGUGUAUGUGCGCGGGCAGCAGCAAGAAAUACCUGCCUAAGGAGGAGGUUGUAGAGGUUCCCGACUUCCGGUACGUUCCGGAGCCACAACUUAGCGAGCUUGUCGCUUAUAUGCGGCAGCGGCGGGAGCACCUGGUUUACCACAACACCACCGCCGACGUGCGCGCUGAGAUCAUCCGCAACGUAACGGAGCACACCCAACCCGUGGACCAGUACCCGAAAGGGCGACAAUUCCUGAACGACGAAGACUACAUGAGCAUUCUGCGCGACCUGCUCAAUCUCUCCAACAUCCUUGAUGACAUGGAGCAAACCGGCAUUGUGUCGUACGCCAACCGUACCCAAUACUAUGCGUUGUACAGCAAACUUUACCGGAUGCUGAUCGCCAAGGCAAAGCAGUAGCGAGGGCCGGCGGUGUUGGGUGGCCCUAUGGCUGGUCUGGGCUGAGCAAGCAGCCUCCUGGGUGCUGGUGGCAUGAGCUAGGGCGAGCCGGCUAAUGGAAGGAGAGCGCAGCAGCAGCAGGAGGUGGUGGGAAAGACGGGGGUAAGUUACGGGCGUUGUGGCGACUGCUGCUGCUAUUGUUUGAGGUGGCUGAAGGAUGGGAGGCGGCUAGAGGAGGAGGAUGCUGGAUGCGCAUGCGGAGCCGGGUGGCGGGGAGCCUGUGGGGUACCCAUGCUGGCGGGUUGUGUUGUGGGUGCACGGACAUGGGCGGUGUUAAGGUGGGCGGGAUAUAUUGUCGCAAGGUGUGAGCGCUAGCAGGAAAACGUUGGUCGUUGCCACAUAACUUUGCAAUGCGGUUAGUCAAAGGUUACCAAUUAACUUUACGUACGCUGUACUGAGUUGUUGACUAAGUGUGGUAGCGCAUGUGUUAGCGCAUGGAAAGAAGUAGAGGGGCAACGAGGUUAGGUCCACGUAACGCCACGCAAUGCAAUAGGGCAUUUGUAGUUCCCGUUUCGGGCUUUCCUCUCGUCAUGUGUUCUUGUCCUGCCUGGGCGACCGUGGCUGGUUUUGUAGGCUACAUAGGAGGAUGUGCGCAUCUGCUUCGCACACAUACAGAUGCGAGUGCACAUACAGCUGGUGUGCAGGGGGAGAGUAGAGAGGGGCAGGCGCGGCCGUCAGAGUUGGACUGGGGGCCCCACGAUAGGCGGUUGCGGCUGCGUGGUAGUGGUGGCUGCUAUGGAAGGGUCUUUUUCUGUCUACGCGAGUCUUGUGCUCUUCCUUGGACUAAUAUACUGCUACUGCUAUCGAGAGUGUGCGAGGCAUGUGUGCUUUUGCAGUUCGGUGAAUGCGACGAGAUGUGUCUUUCUUACACCUAUUGCUGCCCUGCAAAUGGUGGGUUGGUCAAUAGGAGGAGCACGCAGAUAGGGAAGCAAGCCACUUCAGCGGAAGGAGGUAUACCGUACGUACGAGGAGGGAACAGAUGAACUCGUGGAGUCUCCAGGGUGUACCUAAAAGAGUGCGUGUGCGCGUGUCGGUCAUAAAUACCGGUUGUCAUUCCAUGACCUGGAGUGACGGUACGCUUGCUUUCGCCGGCAGUCAUGUGGCACUCAAGGGGCCGGCAACACAUGUGUGCUACUCCCACUGGACAACCCUGUGUGCGUGCAUGUAGUACGGACACCUAAGCCGACGGCUUGCAGUCGUGCCCUGCCCUGGAUGCGGAAAAGUAACGGCGUGGAAUAAGUCGUCUCACUCGGCGGUUUGUGAACGUCGCGCUGCCGUUUGAUCCUGUUGGGUAUUUGCGACGUGAAGUCCACUGGUUACUGCUCGCAUCGUUGUGCUGCCCCUCCCAAACUGUCGGCAUGGAUCCUGUUUUUGAAUGCAGCCGUUGCCCUUUCUUCAGUAGCAGCAAUGCCUCGUUAACGACGGGUCGCGACUGCUAUGUCACAGAAGCGUUGGCACAGGCGACAGUCUUGCAAUAAGCGCAACCGUGCAUGAAUGCCGUGCAGACCUUGCUUCAGUGGAUUCGUUUUAUCUUGGCCACCGGUUUUGGUCGGGGGUUGAGGAAGGCAGAGGAGUGUUGGCUCCUGCGGGACACAUAAGGCCGAGACGUCUUGCUUGGGUUGUGCUUGACGGCCCGUCCGAUGUAAUGCUUAUGACAUUCCAAGUG